GAACGGUCUAAAGAGGGGAGGGGGAAUAGAACGGUCUAAAGAAUGAUGAGAAAGAAAAGAAGACCGGAGAAUAAGCAUAAGAAGAUGGAAGAAGAAGAAGGCAAUAUCAUUACAGCCAUGUGAAGAAGAAGAUAGCAACGUAGAGGCGAAAAGUAGAGAAGACAAUAACGUAGACAACAAGAAGAGAAGAGAAGAGAAUGAGACAAAAAUGUAAGAAGAGAACCAAAAAAAAGAACGUGAAGAAGAAUUUUUGAAUUUGCUGGACUGGAUAAUGAAGGCAUGCAGUAUAGUAAAGUGUUCUUUGGAGAUUAGGAAUCAGGGCUAAUUUUUUUUUUAUCAUUGGUUUAUGGUUGAAUGCCCAAUGUAUUGGCAUGUGUAAUAAGAGUAGGGAUCUUUUGUAGUUGUAUCAUCUUAAAUCAAUUGUCAAAUUUAAACAAAACCAAUUAAAACAACAAUAAAAAAAGCCCUCAAGACAUGGGCCUUAUUGUGCCUUGGACCAGUCAUGUGCCUUAUCUAAGUCGCCUGGCCUGGAACCCUACAAAGCGCAAACCUUAAGUCUGGAUGGGACUUGGGCCUAGGCGUGCCGUAUUCAAGUCGCCUGGCCUGGAACACUGCAAGGCGCAAACCUUGGGCCUGGAUGGGACUUGGGCCUAGGCGCACUUUUAAUAACACUGCUUGGGGCCAUCGAAUUGGAGGAAAACCCUUGAAUUAACCGUGGUCCACUUGUGGAAAACUCCUUGCCGAGGGCUUGUGCACCCCUGGGAAUUAGUCUGGCUUUGAUCCGGACCCCGGCUGCCAAAAAAAAAAAAAAAAAAAACCCUCGAGUUAUGCAUUCGCCUUUACAAACUUUGACCACAAAAAAACCCUCUAUACACAUCUUUUGUCCCGUUCAUUUUUCCUUGAUGGGAAGAUGAGUGUCUCUAUCUCGUCAACAGACAAUUACUGCAUUGAGGUUGUUCUUCGCUGCUUGGCAACAAACAGUGAUGGACUUGGUCCACAUGAACUUAAUGAUGGUGGUAUUCUUGCUACAGUGAUUGCUGCUGGCUUUAAAGAAGAACUUGUUCGAUUUCAAGCUGGUGUAACAAUGGAGAUCUCACGAUUAGAUGCCUGGUAUUCAAGCAAAGAUGGUUCUCUGGAAGGCCCAGCUACAUACAUUGUGUGGGGCCUUUGUCGAAGGUGUUGCAUUCCAGAAGUUAUUCUUAGAUAUAUGUAGGUAAAGUUGUUUUCUGGAAGCUGGAAGUCCUUUUGUGUUUCUUCAAAUCAGUUGGUUUACCAUGUAACAUUCUACCUAGGGGUGUUCAAGCAACCGAAUCAUUCGACAAAUCCGACCCGAACCGACUGACCCGAAUGCAUCACGGAUGGUUUCGAGCUUAAUUUCGGUCGAAGGCGGGCCUGGUUUCAAAAUUAAUUUUGGUUUUCGGUCGGAUUUCGGUUCUACAUAAUAAAAAAUAAUUAAAACCGAACCGACCGUAUAUUAUUAAUAAAUUAAUGAUACAGAAUUCUGAUGAUGGUUCUAUA